AAAAAGUCCUUUUAUAGUUUAUUUUAUAAAAAACUGACAACUGACUACAGGUCGGCUCCAUAGCAGAUUUCAAGCAAUUAAGAGCUUAGAGAGUUACAUGUAAAGUACUAGACAGAUUCUGCUAGUAUUGGACAUUUACAAGUAACUGUAAAAUGUAAAUUUUGUGUUGAGGAAAGCACAUCUCAUUUAAUUGUUUUUUUUUUAAGUUGCCAGCCAUCACCAGCAUUUUUGAUUAUUAUUACAAAACUUUAAUGACCCCAGAAGAUUUUGUUGUAUGAAUAGCUGAACAUGCAAUAUGUCAAGAAAAAUAACACAGAUGAUUGCGUUAGUUUGCAUGUACUUGAUCAAAGCUUUUAUCGCUUCUUCCUGCUGCUGCUUCUUCUGUGUUUUGAUCUGGAGGUUUUGUACUGAUUCAGAUAAGUAAAAGCACCCCUACCGUAUACCAGGAAAAUUCUGUCAAUGGUGGGAAAGUUUUGUGUCAUAAAUUAUUCUCAAAAUGUGUCUUAAACCAAAAUUAAGGGUGUACUCACACUUGUGAGCACUUUUGACCCUCAAAGUCUAGUUUGUUUGGCUAGUGUGAUUGCUCCUCCGUACCAUGCCCUGGCCCGCUUGAAGAGAUUAGGCUCGGUACGGCUGUAGUGAGAUCGCUAACCGUGCCGCAGUAUGGAACAGCUUCUACUUUUGUGUGUGCUAUGUCUGACAUCAUUACAAUGACAAAUAUCUUCUAUUACUAAUAGAAUAGUUCACUUUUCAGUUAAGUUAAUUAAUUCAAGUGUAUUUAGGUUUAUAACAGGUCUGGUGCUUGUCUUAUUGGUGAACAGGAAUAGUAGUCUGCAAAUAUCUCUAUCAAUGUCAGGUCUUCUCUAACAAGCUGAUGAUCUUCACCAGAUGUGCAAAAUACAGGAGACAUACAAAAUGUGCAGUGGUGGGUCCCUGUGGACCAGGUUUGAAAACCACUGGUGUAUUGAUUAUAAGAUCUAUAGACGGGAUGGGCAACUCUGGUUCUGUAGGGACACUAUUCUGGAGAGUUUAGCUCCAUCCUUGAUCAAAUACACCUGCAAAAUUUAACCCAACCCCAAUAUUUAACCUUUAUUCUUGAGGACUGCUUGAAAAUUACAGGCACAUGUAUUUAAAUAGAGAUAAAACUGAACUAUGCAGGUCCUCCAGGACCAAAGCUGCCCAUCCCUGAUCCAUAGGGUAUGGUAUAGAUCAGGGGUGUCCAACCCUGCUCCUGGAGAGUUACCGUCUUACAGACUUCAGUCCCAACCCUGCUCCAACACACCUGCUGUAAUUAUCAAGGAACCCUGAACAUCCUGAUUAGCUGGUUCAGGUGUGCUUGAUUGGAAUUGGACCUGAAAUCUGCAGGAUGGUAGCUCUCCAGGAGCAGGUUUGGACACCCCUGGUAUAGAUCAUACAUGUUGUUGGUUUUGAUGCUUUAAAUGUCUAAAUUGUUUUGUCUAUUUUUGUCCUAGACCUAACAGCACUGAGAGAGGCUAGCCAUGAACUUAAUGAAAGGGAAGAAGAGAAAGAACAUAAUGAUAAACAUGAUUUCAUGACUGGGGAAAGGUCGACGCUGGCUAAAAAGACUUCCUCACGAAACAGAGUUCAAAAGACAGGAACUAAAAGAUAUUUCACCUGCCAACAGUGUGGAAAGAGUUUUGAUCAACUUAGAAACCUUCAAGUCCACAUGAGAAUUCACACUGGAGAGAAACCCUUUUCUUGUCGGCAAUGUGGAAAGAGUUACAUUCAAAAAGGAAACCUUAAAGUCCACAUGAGAAUUCACACUGGAGAAAAGCCUUACACCUGCCAACAGUGUGGAAAGAGUUUCAAUCAAAAAGGAAACCUUAAUGUCCACAUGAGAAUUCACACUGUAGAGACCCCAUUCGCCUGCGUACAGUGUGGACAGAGUUUCAGUGAAAAAGGGAGACUUGAAAUCCACUUGAGAAUUCACAAAGGAGAAAAGCCUUACACCUGUCAAGAGUGUGGAAAGAGUUUCACACAAAAAAGAAACCUUAAAGUCCACAUGAUAUCUCACACUGGAGAGAGCCCAUUCACCUGCCAACAGUGUGGAAAGAGUUUCAGUGACAAAAGAAAACUUGAAAUCCACACAAGAUCUCACACUGGAGAAAAGCCUUACACCUGCCAACAAUGUGGAAAGAGUUUCAGUGAGAAAGGAAACCUUACAGCACACAUGAGAAUUCACACUGGAGAAAAGCGUCAUACCUGUCAAGAGUGUGGAAAGAGUUUCAGACAAAAAGAAAAACUUGAAAUCCACAUGAGAAUUCACACUGGAGAAAAGCCUUACAUCUGUCAAGAGUGUGGAAAAAGUUUCAGUCAUAAAGGAAACCUUGUAGUCCACAUGAGAAUUCACACUGGAGAAAGCCCAUUCGCCUGCCAACAGUGUGGAAAGAGUUUCAGUCAAAAAUAUAAACUUAAAACCCACAUGAGAAUUCACACUGGAGAAAAGCUUUACACCUGCCAGCAAUGUGGGCAGAGUUUCAGUCAAAAAGGAGGCCUUAAGCACCACAUGAGAACUCACACUGGAGAAAAGCCUUACACCUGCACUCUGUGCGGGAAUGGCUUUACACGGGAGCAAAUCCUUAGGGAACACAUGAAUAUUCACACUGGAGAGAAGCCUUUUACAUGUGAUCAGUGUGGAAAGAGUUUCGCACAUAAAUUGUCACUUUAUUUUCACAUGAGAAUUCACACUGGAGAGAAGCCGUACAAAUGUGAUCAGUGUGGAAAGAGUUUCAGUCAAAUAGGAAACCUUAAAGACCACAUGAGAACUCACACUGGAGAAAAGCCUUACACCUGCACUCUGUGUGGGAAUGGCUUUACACGGGAACAAAUCCUUAGGGAACACAUGAAUAUUCACACUGGAGAGAAGCCUUUUACAUGUGAUCAGUGUGGAAAGAGUUUCACAUAUAAAUUGUCACUUUAUUUUCACAUGAGAAUUCACACUGGAGAGAAGCCAUACAAAUGUGAUCAGUGUGGAAAGAGUUUCACACGAAAAUCGUCACUUCAUUGUCACAUGAAAAUUCACACUGGAGAGAAGCCAUUCAUGUGUGAUCAGUGUGGAAAGAGUUUCAGAUUCAUGGGUAACCUUAGGGACCACAUGAGGAUUCACUCGAAAGAGAGCUGUUUUAGAAGUCGUCACUCUGGAAAGAGCAGAGGUGUAAAGAGUACCUGAAAACCAUACUUGAAUAAAAGUACAGAUACCUUAUCUGCCUCAUCUCCUAAAUCAAACACCUGCGAUUCACAACUAACUGCUAAUACACUUGCAUUCAUGUAAAGUAGCCUUGUUGGCAAGUUUGGGUGAGUAAAGGAAAACAUACGAGAUAUAGUACCUACAAUGCCUUCUUUAUAGCAGAAACUGCUGCAGAAAGUUAGGUGCCAUGCAAAAUGUAAUGUAAUUAUUGGAGUAAAACAUACAUUUACUUGUUCAUAAAUGUAGUCAAGUAAAGAGUAAAAGUUGCUAAUAUCCUGAUACAAAGUAGCCAAAAAGAUACUUAAGUACAGUAACUAAUAGCAUUUACUCAAACACUUUACACCACUGGGAAAUAGUUCCACAGACAGUUUCCGUAACUGGCAGAUUUAAAGAAAAUUACCGCAGUUUUGGCAAAGCUUAUGUUUAAAUGUUUUUCCACUUGUGUGAGCAACAUAAUAUAUAGGUCAAAAGUAUUAGUUCAUACAGGGUUCCCACGGGUCAUGGAAUUUUUAAAUUUCUAUUCCGCACAUUCAAAGUCAGGAAAUGUUAUAAUUUUUUGUCCAAGUCAUGGAAUAUCAGGGAUUUUUGUUUGUUGCUUUAAAUUUUAGUUUCCAUUUAUCAAAAUGUAUUCUAUACCUUAUUUUUUGUUUUUUGUCACGUUGUUUCACUCGUUUUGUAUUGUAGUGGUUAGGCUAUUUUUCAGCGCCAUUUUAUAUCCUUGAGCUCGUCAACUGGCAAUCACUUAAUCCAGGGGUCUCCAAACUCGGUCCUGGAGGGCCACUGUCCUGCAGAGUUUAGCUCCAACUUGCCUCAACACACCUGCCCAACAAAGCAAAUGGGCAUUCAUUUAAGAUUUUAGGACAAUGAUGCUGUUGUUACACACUACAUCACUUCUGGAUUCGUGGGCCACACAGUAUUAAAACUGAUGUCAAUAGAUGUCACAGACAAAAACAAUCUCAUUCAUGCAACUAAAGUUCAUGUGGGGUUCUCUGCAGACAAAAUGCUGAAGGAACUGGUGUCAUCACAGAAGAUCAGUGAGAAGAGUGUUAUAGUUCAGGAUGGAUUGCAGAAAGUGCUUACUGACACUUGCAGGGAAAUUACAAGAAAAAUCUCCACUUGUGUGCAACAUGGAUUGCCUAGAUCCAGGGAGGAUGGCAAGCAAUAAAGAUUCAUCAUGCAUCAACAAGUUGAAAAACAUCCUCAAACUGCUCAGUGAGACCAAACAAGUGCAAUGAUAUUCUCAAACAGUACAGGAAGUUCAUCAAUAAGACUGCUGAAGAGAAGGGCAGAUUUCACUGACUUCAAUCCCAUCACAGGUCAGGUAGAUACCCUAUUCUAUAAUAAGUCAAGAGAAAAGGUGUACGAAACACUGUGAAAUGUUGUGGCACUCCUCCUAAUUUUAAGUGUUAGAAACUUUUCUGCAACCUCUUCGAUGGGUUCGAAGGGAGCCAUAGAAAGGCCCUGAAGCACAGUGGCCAAAUCCCAUGCUGGAACUCUCAUGCGUACUGCAGGUCUCAUCCUCAAAGUGCCACGAAGGAAACGAGUAAUUAGAGGGUGUCUCCCCAAAGAAACCCCACUUAAAGGAGCGUGGUAAGCAGCUAAGGCCGCCACGUACACCUUCAGUGUGGAGGGGGAUAACCCUGCAGAAAAUCUCUCCUGUAGGAAGUCCAGCACCACACUAACCGGGCAGUUAACUGGAUCCCACUGAUGAUUUUCACACCAGGAAGUGAAUAAUCUCCACUUCAAGGCGUAGAGUUUCCUCGUGGAUGGAGCUCUGGACUGGAGUAUGGUCUCAACAACCUCAGUUGAGAGACCGGAAUCUAUGAGACGUGCCCCCUCAGAGGCCACGCCCACAAAGAGAACCGUCUAGGAGAGAGACCAGGUCCGAAAACCAUAUCCGAGUCGGCCAGAACGGGGCUACUAAUAAUAGACGGGCCCCGUUCCGGCGAACUCUGUCCAGAACCCCUGGGAGCAGAGCGAUCGGGGGAAAUGCGUACAGCGGUAGCCUCGGCCACGGCUGUACCAUAGCGUCCUGCCCGAGAGGUGCUGGGUGAGUUAUGGAGAACCACAGUGGACAGUGAGUCGUCCCUCGAGACGCAAACAGAUCCACCCUGGCUUCGCUGUAGUUCUCCCAAAGAGUCUUCACCACAUCCGGAUGAAGUCUCCAUUCCCCGGGCCUCGGCCCCUGCCUCGACAGGAUGUCUGCUCCCACAUUUUGGUAC